GCAGCGUUAUGUGGACAAAACGAUUUAUCGGAGCACAAUAACAGCAGAAAACAACGUGGAUGGCAGAAGAUGUUAGCUGCUCGUGGAUCAACGUUGCGUGGAAGAACGACGCUAUAAAGGCGUGAUAGUAAAUAGCCUGACGUUGAAAAUGAACGCUGCGUUUGAUGUUCUCAGGGAUGAAUCCUGUUGGAGACGAUGCAGACUCUCAUAGCUGAAGUGGAGGGAUACUUCAGCUUAUCCAGGGCAAAUACACACAGAAAUGACUACAGUUAUACAAGGUCGUGGGAAACACUCCAUAAAUCUGACCUCUUAAAUCAUCAUCUUAUAGUUCCAGCAGAGGACAGCUGUGUUUGUCAUUGACUGAAAGAUGUCCUGUGAUGAAUGACUGCAGUUUACGAACCUUUGCUGUGACUCUUUGAAACAUGCGCAUACAAUUCCCAUGUGGAGAUUAUUAAUAAGAACAUGUGGUGACAUGGAUGAAAGCUCACAGGCCGACACCACUAUGUUCCAGUGCACGAUGCAUUUUACCAAUCCGAAAUGGGGAGUGUUGUGGUAAAUGUGUUGGAUAAACUGUGUCAGCCAAUAUGGCAAGUGCCACAAAUAGGCUAUAGCCUACUAUAUUUCACGUAAUAACGUUUUGUGCAACGAGUAGCUUGUUAUUGGUCAAAUAAAGCAGAUUGUUUUUUUGUUGUUAUUUGUUUUUGGAGAUUAAUAUUAUUAGCCUAGUACAAGUUUGAAAUUCAGAAACCUUUGGUUGUGUUUCAAAAUCUAGGUGAGCUGCCUACCUAGACCGCAUUUUGGGCAUCGUAUGCGCGUUCGAAUGACAUUUUGGGCAUCGUCAACGUUCGAACGAACGAUUCAAACGCGCCAAAUCCGGUUUUGGUUGGCACCUCACUAGGCUUUCAGUCAGUUACUGUCAGUUUUUCUUUCCGCACAGCACGAGUUCAGUCUCUUUGACAUAUAUUUCAAGAUGCGAUUCACUGGGUUCAUUACGCCAAUAUCAUUCAUGGCCUUUGUGAUGAGAAGAUGGAAAAUCCUACUGGUGCUGAAUGUGUUUACGGUGGCUGGCUUUAUUACCUUUUGGGGCAAGUGCAAUUUCCGCACAGCCAAGGCUGUUAGUGAACAACUGGCUGCUGGUACGAGGGGACAGACGCACCUGAAUGGAUCUGCUCAAGAGACCAGCAUCACUCAUGAUGUGCUCCUACAACGACUGGGAUCACUGGAAGAUGUGGUGUACAGACAACUGAACGGUUUGUCAAAGUCUCUUGGACUCAUCGAGGGUUUUGGAGGUCGUGGUAGAGGAGGGCUGCCAGCAACACUUACACCGGUGGAAGAAAAGGAGGCCAAGUACCUGAGGGAGAAAUACGGCUACAAUGCGUUUCUGAGCAACAAAAUCUCUUUGGAUAGGUCCAUUCCUGACUAUCGGCCCAGCAGAUGCAAAAAGGCCUAUUACCCCCAUGACUUACCACAGAUAUCCAUCAUCUUCAUUUUCGUAAAUGAGGCGUUGUCUGUCAUCCUGCGUUCUGUCCAUUCGGCUGUCAAUCACACUCCAGCUCAUCUCCUAAAAGAGAUCAUCUUGGUGGAUGACAACAGUGAUGAUGAACAACUGAAAGGACCAUUGGAGGAGUAUGUCAACAAGCGCUACCCAGGUCUUAUCAAAAUAGUGCGCAAUCAGAAGAGAGAGGGACUCAUCCGUGCUCGUAUCGAGGGCUGGAAAGUGGCCACUGGGGAGAUGACGGGAUUCUUUGAUGCCCAUGUUGAGUUUACACCUUCAUGGGCUGAACCGGUUCUGUCUAGAAUUAAGGAGAACCACAAGAGGAUCAUCCUACCAUCCAUAGAUAACAUAAAAGAUGAGACCUUCGAGCUGGAGCGCUAUGAGAACUCCGGCCAUGGUUAUAACUGGGAGCUCUGGUGUAUGUAUAUCAGCCCACCUAAACAGUGGUGGGAUGAAGGGGACACCUCUGCCCCCAUCAGGACCCCUGCAAUGAUAGGCUGCUCUUUUGUGGUAAACCGGGAAUACUUCGGGGAGUUGGGCCUGCUGGACGCGGGGAUGGACGUGUAUGGAGGCGAGAAUAUAGAGCUGGGAAUCAGGGUUUGGCUGUGUGGAGGAAGCAUGGAAGUCCUGCCCUGUUCCAGGGUGGCCCAUAUUGCGAGGACAAAAAAGCCCUACCACAGUAACAUCGCAUUUCACACUAGACGAAACGCCCUUCGUGUGGCGGAAGUCUGGAUGGACCAAUACAAAUCUAAUGUCUAUUUGGCAUGGAACCUCCCAAUGAAGAACCAUGGUAUUGAUUAUGGAGACAUAUCCCAGAGAGUCGCACUCAGAAAAAGACUCCAGUGCAAAAGCUUUGAGUGGUACCUCGACAAUAUCUAUCCAGAGAUGAGGAGAUACAACAACACUCUAUUUUAUGGAGAAAUUCGCAAUACCAAUGUGACCCAUCUGUGUGUGGACCAGGGCAUGAAGGAAAACCACACUGCAACUCUGCACCCCUGUCAUGGCUGGGGACCUCAGCUGGGUCGCUACACUAAGGAGGGUAAUCUUUUCCUGGGUCCUUUGGGAAGCACCGGUGAAGAUACUCGCUGUGUGGUGGACGAUAAAAUCAGCACCUACCCUCAGCUCCUCAACUGUGAGAAAGUUUCCAGUGUACUCCAGAAAACUUGGCACUUUGCACAGAAUGAACCAAUCAUCAAUCAAGCUACAGGACGCUGUCUCGAGAUGGUGCCAGCCAAUAUUUACUUUGGUUACGCUCUGGUCCUGCGCUCUUGUACUGGCCAGAGGUGGACCAUUAAGAAUUUUAUGAAACAACAUCAAGGGCAAUGAUUCGAUGGUAUUUGAUAUGGCUGCCACAAGCCGAAAGUCUCUAUGCCGCCUUCAUAAAGUUGUUAGGAACUUGAAAAUAGAUCCAGUUUGGAGAUCUCCUACAUGUCGAACUUCAGGGGGUGCCGAGGGGAUGCUGAACAGGUUUGGGUUUGCCUCGACAUAGUAUUUAGUCUUACUGCGUUCCAAAUGUAUCAGCCAAUGGCCCUCAAAUGAGCAACCAUUUGAAUCAAAUUCUGACUGCUGAAUCCAAAAUGAAACAUUUUAAUGUUGUAGAUGACCAAUAAUGAACUACUGUACUGCAAACAUUCAACAUAUGCUGUACUUCAAUGUAUACAUUAUUUGAGUCUAUGUUGAUUAAUAUACACAGUGACCCCAAAAAACUCAUGCUAAUUGCUAAUGAAACUUGAGCUUUUAUAUUUUGUCAUCUAAUGGAAUGACAUUCAGAAAGAUUUAAGUGUGACAAGUGAGAUACUGUAGGGUAUGGAAAUUUAGUAUGCAGGAAAACAAGGUAAUUUGUUCAUAAUUCUCGUAAAUGGUUUUAUUUAGAUUUGAAUUAUAAUGAUAUUGGGUUGUGAUUUCUGUACUUCUCUCUCUCUCUCUCUCGUAGAUUCUCAAUAUCAGAGACUACGGAUCCCAGUCAUUUUUCUGUUUAAAUAAGUUGUCUGGUCUACAAAUAUGUUAUUUAUUGCAUAUUUGUUUUCUACAGUAACCCAUCAGAAGCAUGACAUUAUAAUAUGUGCGCAGGAAACAACCAAGUAACCAUGGUAACUGUACUAAUCUCUAUGUACUGUUGAAUGGCUACUUUGAUUGAACCACAAUCUAAAGAAAAACAAGUAGGUUCUGGAUGCACAGGUACUAUGGGUAAAUGAUUUUCAGGGAUUGUAGAGUUACAUAGUGAAUGAGUCAUAAACUGUAGGCUCUGUAGAAUCUGUAACUACAGAUUCGAAAGAAAUGGUUUCAUAUCCAAAAGAUUUCAGAAGAACCUUGCAGCGUGAUGGAAAAGAGUUUUCUCAUAACGUCUUCCAUUUUUAGUAGGAUUGAUUUGAAUAAAAUGGUGAG